AUGACCUACCGAGAUACAGGGAAUGGAAAGGUAGUGUCACUGGUGACCCUCCAAGCUAUAGGAACAGGAGCGGUGAUGUUGCUGGUGACCCACCGAGAUGCAGAAACUGAAGCGGUGAUGUUGCCGUUGACCCACCAAGAUGCAGAAACUGGAGCAGUGGCAUCACCGGUGACCCACCGAAACACUGGGGCUGGAAUGGUGGUGUCGUCAUCAACCCAUCAUGAGUCAGGGCCAGAGGCAGCAUCUCCAUCGACCCACUGGGACACAAGCAAUGGGAAGAAUGUCUGCAUCCAUGUGUUGGUUGCCCUGGCUCUUGACCCGGUGGCCCUCCUCAGCCCUCUCUCUGCUGCUUCUCAGUGUAGUGGGCAAACAGACGGACCUGAAGGUGGUUCAGGCGAUAGUGUGUUCCCAGUGGGUUUAGAUCUGGAGCCAUUAAAAUAUAUGUAUGCUAUGGCUUUUGCGGUGGAAGAAAUCAAUCGUAACAGCACAUUGCUGCCAGGAGUGAAGCUGGGCUACCGUAUAUUUGACAGCUGUGGCCAAUACCCCUGGGCUUUGAAAACUGCACUGGACCUGGUUGGUGAAGACAAACAAAGUUGUGGUCAGUCUGUUUCUUUGGUCAUUGGUGCUUCCUCGUCUACACUAGCAAUAAUUCUGUCAAGGAUUCUGGGGCCUCUCUCUGUGCCAGUUAUCAGUUACUUGGCUAGUUGCCCAUGUCUCAGUGACCGGCAUCAGUUUCCGAACUUCUUCAGGACAAUCCCCAGUGAUAUUUACCAAGUCAGGGUCAUUGCACAACUGGCCAUACGAUUCCACUGGACUUGGAUUGGAGCUGUGCUUGAAAACACUGACUAUGGUCAACUUGCCUUACAGGUUUUUCACGAAGAGAUUACAGGUAAAGGGGUUUGUUUGGAAUUCAUAGAAACUGUCCGCAGUGAAACAAUUGUGAGUGAUGCCAGACGUGUUGCCCUCAUCAUUCAAGCUUCAUUUGCCAGGGUGAUUCUGAUCUUUUGCUGGUUCAUUGAUGUAAAGCAACUAUUUCUGGAACUGGCCACGAGAAAUGUGACUGACAGACAGUUUGUGGCCAGUGAGGCCUGGAGCACCAGUGAUGAUCUUCUCCAAGAUCCUGCCAUCUCAAAGGUGGCAGAUGGUGUUCUCGGUGUGGCCAUUCGAAGUUCAACAAUACCUGGAUUUGAAUAUUAUCUGAGAAAGUUGCACCCACUUCAGAGGCCUGAUGACGAAUUCCUGAGAGAACUGUGGGAAACAGAGUUUGGAUGCAGUCCUGAAGACAGGUCUCUUCAGAAAGCUUCUCUACCACCGUGCAAAGGUACAGAGUCCCUGGAGGGAGUGCAGCAUCCCUUCACUGACACCUCCCAGCUAAGGGUGUCAUAUAAUGUCUACCUUGCUGUUUAUGCUGCAGCCCACGCCCUUCACAGCCUUCUGUCGUGCCCCAGCAUAAACUCUCCCAGAAACAACAUUUCCUCUUGUUCCUCUCCAAAACACAUCAAGCCCAUAGAGCUGUUGCAGCACUUGAACAAUGUGACCGUCACCACACCACAAGGGGACAUGUUUUAUUUCCAUGGUGCUGACAUUCCAGCAACGUAUGACCUUGUCAACUGGCAGAACACUCCUGAGGGGCCCCUGAAACUCGUUUUGAUUGGUCGUGUGGAUGGAACUGACAUCCACCUUAAUGAGUCAGCUAUUCAGUGGAGCACAGGAUCCAAUCAGGUCCCUGUUUCAGUGUGCAGUGAGAGCUGCCCUCCAGGUACCCGAAUGGCCAACAGGAAAGGGGAACCUGUCUGCUGCUUUGACUGUAUCCCAUGUGCUGAAGGGGAGAUUAGCAACAAAACUGGUUCCCUUCACUGUGAGCGUUGUCCAUCUGAGUUCUGGUCCAACGUUGAACGAACUGCCUGCAUCCCUCCCCAGCUGGACUUCCUUUCCUUUAAUGAGGCUUUGGGUAUUACCCUGACUACAGCAGCUGUGUCGGGUGCCAUGGUGACAACAGCUGUGUUUGUGGUGUUUCUUUACUAUCGUCACUCACCUGUGGUGCGAGCCAACAACUCAGAACUGAGCUUCCUGCUUCUUCUGUCACUGAAGCUCUGCUUCCUGUGCUCACUGGUGUUCAUUGGUCGUCCAUCAGUCUGGUCUUGUCGGCUCCAGCAGGCAGCAUUUGGGAUCAGCUUUGUUCUUUGUGUUUCCUGCCUUCUGGUAAAAACCAUAGUGGUUCUGGCAGUUUUCCGCUCAGCUCGGCCUGGUGCUGAAGCCUUGAUGAAAUGGUUUGGGCCGCUCCAGCAGAGAGGAAGUGUCUGCCUCUUCACCUGUAUACAGGUUAUCAUCUGUGCCACCUGGCUUUUCCUCAGCCCCCCAGUGCCUAAACAUGAUUUGGGUUUCCAAGGGUCAAAGGUCACCUUGAAGUGUGCCAUGGCCUCUGUGGUGGGCUUCUCACUGGUACUGGGCUACAUUGGCCUGCUGGCCUGCACCUGCCUCCUCUUGGCCUUUCUGGCUCGGAAACUUCCUGGUAAUUUCAAUGAAGCCAAACUGAUCACGUUCAGCAUGCUGAUCUUCUGUGUUGUCUGGGUGACCUUUGUCCCAGCUUACAUUAGCUCUCCUGGGAAGUAUGUUGUUGCUGUGGAAAUCUUUGCAAUUCUUGCCUCUAGCUAUGGUUUACUGCUCUGCAUUUUUGCCCCAAAAUGUUUCAUCAUUCUUUUAAGACCUGAGAAAAACACUAAGAAACACUUGAUGACUAGGUAG